UUCACGGUGUUUAUUCCCGGUGGAUGCACAGGACGGAUUCAGCCAUUCACACUGCGCUGCUGAUGAUGUUCCACCAGCUGUCGGAUGAAGUGGUGAACGGCAGUUGCCAGAGUCCAGUCUCAGCGUGCAACAGGAGCGCAGACGGAGACGUGCUCCAGCUGCCCACUUUUUCCACGGCGGCCAAAGUGCGGGUGAUCAUCACAUUCACUCUGUGCGCCGUGUCGGCUGUGUGCAACUUGUUGGUGCUGUGGGCGGCCAGCAACGGAGGCAAGCGCAAGUCCCACGUCAGGAUCCUCAUCAUGCACCUGACGGUGGCGGACCUGCUGGUGACUUUCAUCGUGAUGCCCCUGGACGCCGCGUGGAACAUCACGGUGCAGUGGAGAGCCGGGGACGCCGCCUGCAGGCUGCUGAUGUUCCUCAAGCUGGUGGCCAUGUACUCGUGCGCUUUUGUGACUGUGGUGAUCAGUCUGGACAGGCAGUCCGCUAUCCUGAACCCUCUGGGCAUCAGCGAGGCGAAAAGGAAAAGCAAAAUCAUGCUGUCCGUGGCGUGGACCAUGAGUGUGGUUCUGUCACUCCCACAGAUGUUCAUAUUCCACAAUGUGACCAUCACAGUUCCGGAGAACUUCACCCAGUGCACCACUCAUGGCAGUUUUGUCCAACGCUGGCAGGAGACGGUCUACAACAUGUUCAUGUUUGUGUGCCUCUUCCUCCUGCCUCUAGUCAUCAUGAUAUUCUGUUACACAAGAAUCCUCAUUGAGAUAUCCAGCCGAAUGGCGCGGAAUCACUUGCUGUCGAGAGACGUUCAUCUCCGCCGCUCCCACAACAACAUCCCAAAAGCCCGGAUGCGAACUCUGAAGAUGAGCAUCGUCAUCGUGACAUCAUUCAUCAUCUGCUGGACUCCUUACUACCUCCUAGGUCUUUGGUAUUGGUUAUUCCCUGAAAAAAUGGAAGAGACGGUCUCACAUUCAUUGACUCAUAUGUUAUUUAUCUUCGGCCUGUUCAAUGCCUGCCUCGACCCCAUCACUUACGGCCUCUUUACCAUUCGCCUUAACCAAGGUCGUAAGAGAUUCUGUUGUGGUUCAAACACGCCAGCUGAGUUAGAAAACAACACUUGUGUUGUCAACAUGACGCGUCUGUCCUCUCAAAGGCGGAUUCCAUCUAACCCCAGUACAGACAUAGAGGAGAGGAAUACUAAAAGCACAGAAAGUGGCUCAAAGGAAAUCAGCCCAAUAAGCAGGAUAUAAUUGUUUAAAGAAUUCCUAUAAAGAGCACCUGAGCUCUUAAUCCAUUUUCCUCCCCUUAAUCUAGUCAUCCGCUAGAGAUGAUUGACAAGGAUGGAAAUACUGGUGC